AUGGACGUAAGUAGUUCCCCGCAGUAUCAGAUGCAAGCGCAGUGUGCUGACCCUGUGUAUGGCAGUUGCCCGCCUGGUUCUGCCCCACAGACUAGCACCAUCUGGCCCAACCAGACACCCGGGAACACCUUUCCUAUGUGGCCUGCACAGAACACCCAACAAAUCCCGACUACCCAGCAGGUCCAGCCCACCCAGCAGGCCCCACAGCCUCUGCCAUGCUGGACCGGGCAGCCCAACACUCCCUGCUGGUUAGGAACUCAACCGUUGCCAGUCUCAGGACCCACCCCUCUCCCAGUCCCGCCUCAGGUCCUAACACCGUCCCCCGCCCCGACCACAAACGUAGUCCCUGCUACUACUCCAGCCCCGGCUGUGGCUCCAGCACCUGGUCAAAUUUGCCACCCUUGUUGGCCGGCUCAGUACCAGCCUGCCCAGCCCGUCCAGCCUCCCCAGCCGCCGGUUCAGCCUCAAGUACCCAUUCAGGUGCCAGCCGUAGCUCCAGUUCCUGCCCCGGCACCUGCCCCCAUUACCAGCCCCGCUCACACUCAGUCUUCAAGCAUCCAUCCAUCUUGGCCGGGAUGGGUCGCCCAUCCUGGUUGGCCUUACAACCCCGGACAGCCGGGGUGGCCUGGACAGAACCCGGCCCUGGUGCCGCAACAUUGGUUGCCGCCCACAUCCGGACCGCUUAGCGUUCCUUACAACCUCAACCUGGCCCGAGGAGUGUACGACAAAAUGAUGAUGACCAUCCUAGGGCAGAUUAAACCAAAUGCCAAAAUGUUCACUGUUAACUUCCUGCGAGGCAAUGACAUCGCCUUCCACAUCAACCCUCGCUUCAGCGAAGGGGGCAAGCAGGUGUUGGUUCGUAACCACAAAGUGGGCGAGCGUUGGGGUUCCGAGGAAAGGGACCUGAAAGGGCCCUUUCCCUUUGCCCUGGGGAGCCCCUUUGAGAUGAAGAUAUUGUGCACACAGGACUCAUUCCGCGUGGCGGUCAACAAUAUCCCGUUGUUCGAGUUCCGCCACCGCGUUCGCGAGCUCAACCAAAUCAAUAGAAUCAACAUCCUGCACGACGUCGUCCUGACUUACGUCAACGUGGAGACGCUUCCGUAG